CGCCACGAUCUUGUCCUGCGCCACCACCGUGACCAGAUCCUCUCCGCCACAACCGCGUUAAGCCUGUGGAAGUCAAUAUUGAUGGCAGAGUCAAUCCUUCCGGACCUGCAGGGUCUGGAAACAUCGCAAUUGGAUACAUUGCCUGAAAUCCAUCCAGGAUUCUUCGUACCGCGGCUUACGGACAAGCCGCAAAACCCAAUCAUGGACACCAUACAACUGAUGCAACGGACCCGCGACUCGCUCAAUGUGACAUACCCUCUACCAGUGGAAGUCGAAGCGCUCGCAGAAGACAUGUGGGCCGUCGCAGAAGCUCGCCGGAAAGUUCAGAACGAUAUCUGGCAGCAGGCAGCAACCGAGAAGAGCAACAGUAUGCAUUGCUUGAUGUCUUGGGAAACGCUGCGGAGUUCGUUCAACUCUCGCACAAUACCCUCUGCAUUUCUGUCGCAGCAGGACACUCGGGUCUUUGCAUCUGUACGCCAUUAUGUCAGGCCCCAAUUACACGAUUCCGCAAAGCCACUAGUAUACGUUUCCGGCAGCGAACUAAUACAAUCCCUUCAUCUGACGCUGACAGGAAUGUCCUCUUCGACACAUAUUUGGGAUCCUCGUUCCGAACAGUUCACCCUACGUGCCGUGCCGCGAGGGACGAGGGGUAAAAUCGUCUUAAUUGGCACGGAUGAGGUCAUCAGCGAGAGUGUACUGCAGCGAUUCGUGAAUAUCGGGACCUUAAUGCGGCGCCUUGAGAACUUGACCCAGUCUCACAAUACCAUGCGUGGGCGUGCUGCUCAAGUCACUCACUCAUUCAUCCAUGCGCUUUCUUCAGUGCUUGAUUCUCUACGGAAACGACUAGCGAAGCCGAUGCGAUGGGAUACCAACUCGGAAGACACACUUGAUUUGGUCGCUGUGUGGAUGCGAUACGCUGCGACAGAAGAGAUACUACUCGCACUGGCAGCUCUAUGCAACAGAGACAUGCAUGAACUGCCGUCUGUGUAUUCUCCAUUGCCCACCACGGUGGUGGACCUUCUGUCCAGGAUAUAUCGUCAGCUGGAUGAAAGCCUAGAGAACCACUCGCCGCAUGCGCUGCAAGCCAUCCUCGCCUAUAUUCUGACUGUCACCUCUCAGGAUUAUUUCCAGCAACUUAGCCAGUCGGUCGGGUACAAUAUGUCGCCCACACACAACACCGAUCCGGCGAUGCACGACAGCGGUCUCUAUGGCACUGACCACCUCGACGAGGAGCCUGACGAUGAACGGGAUGAAACGUUUUACGACGAUCCGCCGGCCGACGAACCUUGUCCAGUCUUUAUACAGGAGGCACUAGCCAGUGCCUUCCCCCGUGCGAAGAGGUCACUCAAGUUUCUGCGUGAAGCGCAGCCAGACCAUCCAUUGCUGCACGGGUAUCGCGAAGAUUGCCCCGAUGUCCAUUGGUUUUGGACAGAUGCAGACGUCGCAACCGCUUGGACUGGGCGUAAAGGAUCGCUCGGGCCAGUUGACUUGCCUGCACAACAUCCAGACCGAGACUCUGAGGCCGACCCUCCCCUUCCAGAUCGUGAAUACAGGGAAGAGUUGAAGGACUUUGCCCUCUUUGACCUAACCCCUGGUCAAAACCUCGGUCUCUUCGCUCCCCCCGCGUCUCAGACGGAUAGCACAGAAGUGGGUGACUUACAGGCGUUCAUGAACGCUUUCCCGUCCACCUUGCCAUCCUUGACACCGACUCUGUCGCACCUCACGGCUCUCGUCCUCUCUCCUCUCGCCCAUCAUAUGGAGGCGCUGUCAGGUGCUCUGGUCACAUUGAUUCUCUCGCCGACCGACCUCAGUCUCCCCCUUCAUCUGUCCGUUCUCCGCUCCUACCUCUUGCUCACAUCCCAUGCCUUCAAGUCAAGGCUGUCUGCCGCGCUCUUUUCCGAUUCUGACGACCCACCAAACUCUACCACGCGGGCAUCUGCCGCAAGCCAUCGAAAAGCAGAAGCCAGCACACCACUCGCGGACGGCCACUGGGCAGUGGGGCUGUCGCCUGCUUUGACGGCAGCGAGUGUCUGGCCACCGAGUGUACCGGAGCUGAGCUUCCACCUGCGCACCGUGAUCAACGACUCUUUGCAGAGCUCGUUCGGACUUUCGUUCGAGCAAACAGGACUCCCUCCGAGGCAAGAAAGCAUCAUACAUGAAGCCGAAUAUCGCUUGGGAUUUGCCAUCCGCGACCUUCCAACUGGUACUGGAAAGGAGAAAUGGCUGGACCCUCUUUCUAUCGAGGCUCUUGACUUCCUGUACAUGGAUUACAAACCACCAAGACCUCUGCACGUCGUGAUAACACCCGACGCGCUCUCUAAGUACCACCGGAUAUUCGCGUUCAACCUACGGCUCAUGCGAGCCACAUGCGCCAUGUCUGCGACGUAUCGAAUAACCAGGCGGUCCACCUCGCCGCUCUUCCCGACCUUAUUUCAAACCAACAAACUCCUCCUCCACGCCCGCUUCGUCGCCACCGCGUUCGUGACAACGCUGUCCUCGUACAUCUACGACCGCGCCAUCGGCCUCAGGUUCGACGCCUUCCUCGCCAAGCUCAACGUCCCCGAGCAGAACAGACCACCCGGUGGCUUCUCCGACGUCUUUGUGCUUGCGGAUUACCACUCCUCCGUCCUCGACGACAUCCUCAGCGCGUGUCUCCUGCGUUCGGGCCAGAAAGCGGUGGGCGACGUGUUGCGAGGAUGCCUUGAGCUUGUCUUGGAACUGGCCGUCCUUGCCGGGGACCGAUACCAAGGGCGCUUGGAGGAAUACCAGGCGGCGCCGCUCCUCGAGGACCUCUGGGAGAAGUUCAGAAAGAGAACGCUGACUCUGAUCAAGGUUUUGAGAGCUCUCGUAGAGAGAGGCUCUGGGACCUCUCGCGAGGCCGUGGAGGAUGUUGCAGCGCAGCUUGCGAAUCUUUCCCGUCUAGACGGAGUGACAGGAAGCCUACACGACCUCGUCACCCGCCUCGACGUCGCGGAGUGGUGGAUACGCAAAUGACGAUAGCUCUCCCAAUUGAUUAGUUCACCUGGAUCUAUUGUUGCAAUUGGGUUGUAGCAGGACGA